AUUUUGGAAUGUAGAUCUACAGCACUGCAAUACGGAUCGGAAAAAUUGUCGAGAGAAUAGGUUUUUUUUCGGUCGUGUGAAAUCAACCGUGUCGGUGGUCUGUGUUAUUCGUUUGCUGGAAAGCUGGAAACAAUUAGCAACGCACCCAGAACCGUCGUCUGGUGUGUCACCUCGGAGUACGCGAGUGGUAGCUGAGGGAUACGCAACGAAGCGACGGAUAGGAUUUGACGAUUUUUGUAAGCUUCACUUACCCCCCAGCAAAAGGAAGAGGAUGGGGAAGGAACCACCUUCGCUCUAUGAUCAGUGCCUGCUGGCAUAUGUGAAAAACCUGAAUCAUAAUGUUGCAAGCUUGGACCGAAUUGCGGACCUCCGGCUACUUCCGACGGCGAUUCUCGCCUCGGUGUACGACAGGAUGUGCCAAUUCGAUUCGCUCAAGGACAUCUUGCUGGUUCAGUUAUCAGAUCUGGACACGUUCAACAAGCUCAUCAAGCAGACCUCGCUCAAACAAAUUAUUUUCAAGUGCGUCCAGACGCUGAUGACUGCAAGGCGCCCGCUUGUGUCAGAACUCCGCACACGUUUCUGUCGCACCACCAGCGUCUACUACCUACAGCAUGAGAACGCGCCGCUCGUGAAGGAUGCCAGUCUCGAGCACUACCUGAAACGGGGGACGACCGCCACCGCUACUAACGCCGCCAGCACGAGGGAAAUUGCGUUGAGCCAGAGCGACGCCCAUUGCUUCGUGAGCGCCUUCCUAGAGCAGAUCGAAAAUGGCAUCCGGUUAGGGUCGUUCCUGUCGGAAUCCGGAUGGCUCGAGGAAUCUUUACAUGUGUUCAACAUUACGUUGAGCAUGAUCCAGCUGCUGCAGUCCAGCUAUAUGCGUUAUCUGAUCGAGCUCAACUGCCUUCAAAAACUUUUAUGCGCACAAACGGUGUUCUGCUGCUUCAAGGAAGCAAGCACGACCUGCGCCCAGGCGCUCAACAUCAUCGAUAAGCUAACGCAGCAGCACCAGCAGGUGCUGCGCCAGCGCUACUGUAGUGAUACUGGUGGAAAAAGUAAUUGCACCCCAGCCGACAGUGAUAACGAUUUCUUCACUAACAUACCAAACAGUCUGCUCGCCAACACGUACCAGCAGAUCUCGGUGCUGCAUUUUUACCGGAGCGAGUACGAUCUGAGUUAUCGGUGGAGUGUCCGGGCGCUGAGGUAUAUCAACAAGCACACACCGCACAAAGUCGUCGUAGAUGUCCUGCGACAGCUGGCGAAAUCUUGCGUGGUCAAGCGACAGUUUCAGUCGGCCGGUAUGUUGAUAAAGCAAGCGGUUCGCCGGGCGCGAGCAAGCUUUGGCAUCAAUCAUCAGAAGUAUGCAGAUGCGUUGCUCGACUAUGGGUUCUUCCUGUUGAACGUUGACUCGAUAGCGAACAGCGUUGCGGUGUACACGGAAGCGCACGAGAUUCUCUGUCGAAUCUUUGGUUCCCGGAAUCUGCAUGUGGCGGUGGCGCACGAGGAUCUCGCGUACUGCUUGUAUGUGCUCGAGUACAGCUCGGGGAAGUUUGAUUCCGCCACUGUGAAUGUGGACCGGGCGAUAGAUAUUAUGAAAGAACUAGUGCCAUCCAAUCAUCUCAUGCUGGCCUCGGCAAAGAGGGUCAAAGCGUUGAUCCUGGAAGAGAUCGCCCUGGACACGAUGGCUUCCACGAUGGAUUUCAAUCGGUGCAAACAUUUGCUGGAACAGUCGGAAGAGCUGCACCGUUCGGCGCUGCAUCUAUCGCUGGAAGCCUUCGGAGAGAUCAACGUGCAGACGUCGAAGCACUACGGGAACCUGGGACGCCUGUAUCAGUCGAUGUCGAAGUUCGACGAUGCCGAACAGAUGCACAAACGUGCCAUCCGGAUCAAAACUCAAAUCCUCGGUCCGUACGAUUACGAGGUGGGACUCUCGAUAGGCCACCUGGCGUCGCUAUACAACUAUCACAUGCAGAAACAUCAGGAAGCCGAGGAGUUGUACUUAAAAAGUAUCGAAAUCAGUCUCCGACUGUUCGGCGAGUCGUAUUCCGGAUUGGAAUACGACUAUCGGGGGCUGAUACACAUCUAUGAGAUUACCGGGGAUCAGACCCGUUUGGAUCAGUAUUCAACCAUUCUGGAACAGUGGCGGAUAUUGCGCGAGGAAAAUCUAGCUGUGCGGAACAACUUCUCAGUCGAUCACACGGAAGACAUCUCCAUGGAGGAGAUCACCGAGGAAUUCUUCGAAGCGUACGCCAAAAGCAAAUGGCUUGAGGAAGAUGUUGUACCGUCUGACGACGAUUCUGGUUCCAAUCCGCAUCAGCUGGAUACGUUCGCGGCUCCUCACGAAGAAGACGACGAUGGCGACGCAGAAGCGGCGGCCAGUAACAACAGCAACAAUAGCAGUAGAGAUGAAACGCUGGUUGCUCCCUCACCAUCUCCGAUGGUUCCCUUCGGGGAGGAACCAUUGCGAAGCACGUGAAAAAGUUUAUCUCACUUCACACGCGAAAUUUACAUUGCGAAGAAACUUCGGUGCGCGCCAACCAACAGAUCAUUGUGUUGAAUUUCUCGACGACGGUGGUUUCGAACGGCUGACGGUUUCGAUAAUCACUCUAUAAACAUGUAAUAUACAACCAAAAUAGUAGCAACCGUCACACGCGCAUACGUCUUGGUUUGUUUGUUUUUAUAUUUUGACUAGAUUAUGUGCUUGUUCUGGGAAUAUGAAAAAGAGACGGAGUCUACGAUGCUUCGCAAUCGAAUGAGAAGUGCGCUCUGUGAUAGAUCGUGUGUGUGUGUGUGGAUCGCGGGAGGCAUUCAAGAUUUUUUUUUGUUAUCACCAGAAAUCAGAAAUCUCUGUGCGAACAACUCAAUAUCCAAUAUACAUCCGUUGAACAGAACCUGUUUCUUGCUUUUUAAACAAGUUGAUAAUAAAAAGGAGAAACCCGGAUGGAA